CCAUCCUCCCCCUCCUCUGAAAGAGAGAGAGAGAGGGAGAGGGAGACAGGGAGAGAGAGGGAGAGGACUGAGGGCUCCUCAGGUGUUUGGCUGCAGUUAUGGCUGAGAGCUCAGAGAAAGUACCGAUUGCCUCGGCGGGACCAGAGGACCUGCAUCAGUUCAUGCCUCCGGCCUACUCCGCAGUGGCGGUCAAACCCGCCGCCACCGGCCGCCUCCUGAAGGCCGGGGUCGCGGUGCUCAUAGCCGGAGCCCUCUUGCUUCUGCUGGGAGCCGUAGGAGCUUUCUACUUCUGGAACAACAAUGAAAAACACGUCUACAAUGUGCACUACAGUAUGAGCAUCAACGGCAAAGUGGAGGAAGGUUCAAUGGAGAUCGAUACAGCCAAUAACAUGGAGAGAUUCAGCACCGGCAGCGGGGCGGACGAGGCUGUGGAGGUCCAUGACUUUGAGAUUGGGAUCACAGGGAUCCGGUUUUCAGGAGGAGAGAAGUGCUACAUCAAGACACAGGUGAAAGCUCAUCUGCCAGAUGUGGAGGCUCUGAACAAGGACUCGGUGACAUUUGAGCUGGAGGACGAGGUGAUGCCGGCCAAGUUUGACGAUGAUUUGAUCUGGGUGGCGACUGACACGCCCCUGUCGGACUCCGGCUUCCUCAGCAACAAGAUCAAGGACUUGUGUGGUGACCUGCCAAUCUUCUGGCUCCGUCCCACCUACUCAAGUAGCGGCCAGAGGAAGAGGAGGGCUGCCCCCCGUCAGCGCCGCCAGGCAGCCGGAGCCGGGGGCGAGGAGGAAGAGGAGGACGUGGAGGCAGAGUUCAACCCAGAGAACCCCUAUCAGAGAGGCCUCGAGGGCGAGCAGGACACCAUGAACAUCGACCCCAUGCUGGACCACCAGGGUGUGUGCUGCGCUGAGUGCCGCCGCAGCUAUACCCACUGCCAGAGGAUCUGUGAGCCUUUGGAAGGCUACCACCCGUGGCCAUACCACUACAGAGGUUGCAGGGUGGCCUGUAGAAUUAUUAUGCCCUGCAAAUGGUGGGUGGCACGCAUCAUGGGUCUGGUGUGAGCCUCCCUGCCCACGUGAGAGAUGGUAGAGUGCAGGAGGGAUGGAAGGAAGGGAGGAGGGAGGGAGGGAGGGAUGGGGGAGGGGAGACGAAGGAUAAAGUUUAGAAAAGGGAGAUGGUGGUUUCUUAUCCUCAUCUACUUCUCUCACCAAGUAACUGUGACCACACAUGAUCAGUGCAUGGUAAAGAUUCUAGGACAGUAAUGAUGUCACACGUAAAGGUACGCAGAGCUGGUCUUAUUAAAAAAAAAAAAAUACUAAAAUGAUGUGCAGCUCCACGCCAUGACUGAUGUAAAAUGACACCCAUUUAGGAAAAGCAGGUGAGCUUGUAUUUAUAGAGCUGAUAAGUAGUAUAUUUCUUUCUGUAAAUAAACGUAUACUUCAA